CCCAUUUCCCAUUCCAUCCUAGGGCUCGCGAGUCGCGUCCCCCAAAGUGAAUACAGAAACCUCCAGCCCCAGGCCAAUUCCUCGACCGCAUCGCCACCCACCCCAUCUCCAUGGCUACCUCCGCCCUCGCUGCUCUGUCCGCCACCGCGGCCGCCGCCGGUAAGCGCAUCCUCCUGUCGCGCCCCGCCUCCUCCUCCUCCCUCUCCUUCGCCUCCCGCCGCCUGGCCGCCGGGGCACCCCUCCGGGGGUUCCUUGGCGCGCCAAUCCGGGCCGUGGCGUCGUCGGCGUCGGCGGCCCCCGCGGCGGCGGCCAAGACCAUCGCGGUCGGGGACCGGCUCCCUGACGCGACGCUCUCCUACUUCGACACGUCCUCCCCCGACGGCGAGCUGAAGACGGUGACGGUCCGCGACCUCACCGCGGGGAAGAAGGUGGUGCUCUUCGCCGUGCCCGGCGCGUUCACGCCCACCUGCACCCAGAAGCACCUCCCGGGGUUCGUGGCCAAGGCCGGGGAGCUCCGCGCCAAGGGCGUCGACACCGUGGCCUGCGUCUCCGUCAACGACGCCUUCGUGAUGCGCGCGUGGAAGGAGAGUCUGGGGAUCGGGGACGAGGUGCUGCUCCUGUCGGACGGCAACGGCGAGCUGGCGCGCGCCAUGGGCGUCGAGCUCGACCUCUCCGACAAGCCCGUGGGGCUCGGCGUCCGGUCCCGCCGCUACGCGCUGCUCGCGGAGGACGGCGUGGUCAAGGUGAUCAACCUCGAGGAGGGCGGCGCGUUCACCAACAGCAGCGCCGAGGACAUGCUCAACGCGCUCUGAACUCGCGACGCCAUGGUUGGUUCGUCUCUUCCGGCAAGAGUUGGUUUCUUUUCCCUGAAAAUAAUCGUGACGGCAACGGUGGCUUGUGUUACUGCCGCCACUGUUGUGACCGGCGCUGUUACUAGUGCACUGCAGAGAUGCAAGUUUCUUGCGAACAUGGCUUUAUAGGUCUAGCUUCAUGCAAUUGUUGACGCCCUCUGUUUCAUGACUUGUCAUGGUAUGCAACUCUUGUCUGAGAAUUGAUCAUCUGCAUAGUACCACUACUAUCACAGGCGUUCUCUAUUA